CGUCAACAUGGUAACGCGUGUUUAGCGACGAUAAAGUGUACCGCCGUCAACCGUUGUUACCGUUUGUCUGCCGUUCAUCACAUUGAGUUCAUCCUGUGGUUCAUCGCUCGAUCACAAACAAUGCGCUAGGCGGGUAGCAUAAACGUUCGUAAUGCCUCCGUGUGUACAGCGUUAUCACAGCGAGCAGUGAAAGUAUUUUUGCUAGUUAUGUGGCACCGAACAACAGGUGCAAAUAAUACGUGCAGACAGUGAGGUAUGGAGAGCCCGACGCCGGAAGAAAACUCGCCCCGAUGCAAGGAUACGCCGGAGAAUGACCCAUCUCUGCUUCAGAAGGCUAUCUCAAAUGCACAGCGAGAAGUAUCCCGGAAGGAGGACAUCUUGCGGCAGCUGAACAUUGUAAAAUCGCACAGGAAAAAGAACCAGGAGGAGCCUAUCACUGAGCUGAUUGAACAGUGGCGCUCAGCAGCACAGCAAGCGAUUUUGGACUUUCAACAGCACAUGGCUGAACCAAGGCCUGGCCUGAAAGACAUUCUUGCCAACUUUCAAAUUGAAGCCUCUGUUAUUGGCUACAGUGAAGAUGAUGACUGUUUUGUAUAACCGGAAUUCUUCUGUGCACUCCAAGCUGGUUAUCUUCUUUACAAUUCGGAAGGAAAUAUUUUGUAGUCAUUAAAACGAUGACAUCUUUGUAAGCUUUCUUGAAAUCAACUAGUCAAGUCUGAAAAUAAAUUGUACAGUAAAUUGUACUUUUAUUAUUACUUCCAUUUUGCACCUCAGUUCUUCUGCCGGAGCUUGAGGUCAGUGUGGAUUAGGUCUACUAGGCUUGAAUGCAUCAAACAGUUUUGGAUCCUUUAAAAACUUUGGCAUUUUUAGGUAGUGAGGCAUCAUACCUGCAAAUAAAAUAAUGAAACUAUAAAACC